GGAAAAUGGCACACAAACCAAAGAUUCAUGUCUUUUUGGGUGCCCCAUGUCCCCAAGCACUCGCUGAAGAUGUGCAGGAGAGAGCAGCCCCACCCUGGAAGACAAUAGACCUCACUUGGAGUCAAGGCAAGUUGAUUCCCAAAGACAUCAUUAGAGAAGCCCAAACAGAUGAGUGUGUUGUGAUGGUUAGUGGUAGAAUGCAAACUGCUGUUACCUCUGACAGAGUAUCUGAGAAUACUGAGGACAAAACGGAAACAUCACAGGAUGACGGCACUCCAUCGGGCAGCCAGUGCUCUCAGUCAAAGGCAGAGUCUGUUGAAGAAGAUGAAUUGUGUCCUGUAUUAGUGACAGAAUACCUAGAUAGUUGCUUCUGCUCGCAUAGUUUGAGUAGACAAGGCAGAGAUGGAAGGCCUACAUCACCUGUUUCCACAGAGACUGAAUAUCUGAGUACAUGGACAAAGUCCCAAGCCUUGCUUCUUCGAGGUAGAGUGGCCCAAUGUCCAACUUCUGACUUUCCUGAUGACUUUCUUCUUGGUUCUCCACACACCCCUCCCAAACAAACGCCCUCAUCAUCUAUAAGUUCCCCAGAAUUGUACAGUCCUGUGGUCAGCCCUGAAGAGAGGGGCUUGGGGGGAACCUUGCAAAGCUCAGAAGAGUGGCAUAAUGAGAGUCUAAGUCAAAGACAGCAGGAGAGAGGGGUGAUUCUGGAAAUCACAACUGACGGUAUCCUCUGCUCUCAAGGUAAUGCUAUGGCUGAAAAACCUGUGGGUCAUGAGGAAGUUGGGUUUAAUAUUGACUCACCAUCUACAAUUGCACAAACUUCACUUAGUCCCACUACUUCUAAAAGGAUGAAGUUGUCUCAGACUGUAAGUAAAACUAAAGAAACAAAGCAGAGGGCAAGAACAAUUGCUGCCCCCCUCUGUGGCCUUACAACCCUGCUGGCCAGGUGUAAGACUCAUGGUGUACGAUACAACAUCUUGGUUGCUGUGGUGCAUCCAUGCCACUUAAAAGAAGUCAAAGUGAAAACUGGAGCUUCGGCUGGAACCAGUGUACCUUUAGCAACACUGAUUGUUACAGACCAAUCAGACGUGGAGAUGAAGGUGGUGUUAUGGAGGACAGCGGCUUUCUGGGCUCUGACAUUUUUUCCAGGAGAAAUUCUGCUCAUUACAGAUGUGACAGUGCACAUAGACAAGUGGAAAACUGAGACUGUCCUGCAGUCGUCCUUCACCAGUAAGCUGCUGAAUUUGGGACAGGUCACAAGGGAACGUAUUCCACCUGCCCCACAGAAUUUGAACUGUCAUACAUUGAGAACGCUGUGCACUCAUCUGUGUGAGAAGCGCCCCCUCUUGGUUUCUCUGCCUCCUCAGAAGCCUCAGGAUUUGCACUCCAUCCUCUUCAUCCGCCUUGGAGCUUUACGUCCUGACACAUUGGUUCACGCUCUGCUUAGGGUUAAACACUGGAAGUUAAUCACAGCCUGGCGUGAUGAAGCAGAGGGGACAUCCAGAGUAGGAGGUGUACUAAAAGCUAUUUUGAAUGUGGAGCAAGGUGAUGGUCUCCAAGGUGCUGUCGUACUUUGGGGAGCUGCUCUCUCUUGGUUGCAACGUUUGGAGAGGAACAAAGAUGCUGUGUGGGAGUUCAGGUUGCUGCUAGUCAGACAAGAUGUGACUUCAGGUUUGCUAGAGCUGCAUUCUACUCCAUGGAGCAGCUGUCAGCCUCUCUUUCCUGAUGACAGUCGAUGCAAGGAGUUUUACAACACUGUCCGCUCACAGAGGACUGCUAGCAGCUUUGAGAUUGAUCUCAGCACACUUCUGUCCCAGAAAUACUCCGGUGAUGUGGAUCUGAGAGUUAAAAUCACAGCGUUCCAGUUCCUGAGCAGUCCAUCCCAGGAGGCCUCGCAGGCCAGUUGUUUUAACUGUGCGAGCUGGAGAUGAUCAAAUCUGUGUGCAAGUUCCUCCUGCUCUAGUGCAGAGGAUCCUCCUGAACACUCCCCCAGAUAAGCUACAUAAGACCAUAGCCCCAGCAUCAGAGGUGAGGUGCAUCCAGGUAGUAGCUAACAGGAUUAGUUCCAUAUUGACCCCCAUGAAGAACACAUUUCUCCUGACCGUCCGAAGCCAUUUCCAGUGUGAUGACAACAGCAUUCCUGUCAUUCAAAACUUCUUAAUAUUAGACUUCAGCUCACUAGAGUCGUGAAGAAUAUUUGUGUACAUUUAAGAUGAUGCCAUGUAUUUUUAUAGUCUAUGAUUAAACUGUCUUAAGGUCAUAUAUCAUGUCUAAUUUUCACAG